UGACACACACACCGGAUGUUGUCAGCAACCAUUGAAUACCACGAAGAAGAAGAGGCAAAAGUAGAAGAGUUGAACAGAAAAGACGUUUGUUCACAUCAAACUAUGUGGUAGAGUGAGUUGUGUUGCUUUUCACGAUGGCGUCUCAGAGAGUUCUCCCUCAGAGCAAAGAGACUCUGCUACAGAACUACAACAAGAGAUUGAAGGAUGACAUCAAGUCCAUCCUGGACAACUUCACAGAAAUUAUUAAAACAGCAAAGAUAGAAGAUGAGACACAGGUGGCUCGAGCAACUCAAGCAGAGCAGGACCAUUUUGAAAUGCAUGUCAGAGCGGCCAACAUUGUCCGUGCCGGCGAGUCACUGAUGAAGCUGGUGUCGGAUCUAAAGCAGUUCCUGAUUCUGAACGACUUUCCCUCCGUAAACGACGCCAUCAGCCUCCAGAAUCAGCAUCUGCGCUCGCUGCAGGACGAGUGCGACAAGAAGCUCACGUCGCUCCGGGACGAGAUUGCCGUCGACCUGUAUGAGCUAGAGGAAGAAUAUUACUCCUCCAGGUACAAGUAGGCUUAUACUUCCCAUCCCACCACCCACUCUUCUGUCCCAUGACCUGCACCAUGAACUAUAUGUCACCUCAUACCAUUCACCGCUGAGGCCGAGAAAAGGGUGUAGUUCCACCAUCUUCUGUGUCGGGGUUUAUCGUCAUCGACUCAUAUCAUCGCCGAGAUUCACUAAGUGACUUUACAUUGUGAUUGAUUAUCAAGUGCCUUGACUGUUUGACUAAUUACCACAAACGUCAUAGAGCAGUGCAAAGGACUGAAUCAGCAAGCUCUUGAACUUAAACUGCUCAGUUUUUUUUAUAUUUGGACAUUGUGAAGGUUUACAUGAAUAGAAAGCACUGUGCUGAUUUUAGUGCUGUGUUCAUAUGUAAACAGGGACCAGACUUUAUUGUUUCCUGGUCUGAGAGACUUUUUAAUGGAUAGUUUAGGUUUUUUUGAAGUGUCAUUGUAUGACUAUGUCAGAAACAGCAAAUUACUGUGAACUUGUCUGUAACCUGGACAUUCCCUGUCGUUGAUGACAUGGCUGCCUGCAGAGACAGAGGACAAUUUUAUUUUAUUUUAGACACUUAUCAAAAGGCCCACUUAAUAUCUAAAAUCUACUCCUGCUUAAGUCUCUGACAUGUUAAGAAUAUGUUUGCCGCUUUUUCCUCAUCAAAACAGCCCUUUCUUCUUGAAAACGGAAGUUUGUAAAUGGCUCACUCUGCUGCACCAAUGUCCAUACAGAAAAUCAGUGCUUCCUGUGGUAACUUUGUGACACUAGUAAAUACAUACAAAGGAUUUUUAAACACCGAACACACAAAAUAAGACGCCUGAACUUAGCUGAUGUAGACAGCAGCUCAUAAACAACUCUUUUCUGCUGUGAUGUAAAAUGGCUGAUUUUCUCAGUGGACUUUGGUGCUGAGGAGAGAGCAGUGUACAGGCUUAUGUUUCCAGCUGAGAAGUGCUGUUUAACUGUGAGAUUAAGUGUCAAACAGGUGUAUAUUAGCUGAGCCUUUUGUUCAGUGACUAAAAUUAGCUCCCGCUUAAGCUCAUACAAGUACACUUCAAAAAAACCUAAACUACUUGAGUUGUUUUAGACUAAAAUAACAAAUAGCUUAGUUUUGAGAGUAAGCUCACCUUUUACACAUGAAACCAACUCAAACUAAAUUAUAGAUUUUAUAAAAUUAUAAUUACUUAAUUAAAGAUUAUUUAAAAAAUAUAUUUAAAUCAUCACAUGCUACAUUUUAGGGAUUUUAAGGACUGUUUUGAUAGAUGUGUGUUAUAGACACAGUGAGACUUCUGUAAAAGCAACAAGACUUUUUGACUGAUUUGACUGAUUCCGUGCGGAGAACAUGGAAAGCUGUUACCAUGGAAGCACGUAUCAAUCUCACAUACACACACACACACGCUGUGGUUGAACGUGUGUACCAGACCAAAUUAUUAAGAAAUAAACCAGAGACUAAACACUGUAA